AUAGGCGGAAGAACUAAAUCGUCGGAAAAGCGUUGGCCGUGUAUCCCUUCUUGUAGUUUAGACAGGUAAUUUCAAUCUAUUUUGCACGUUGUUACCAAUAAUUGCCCCCGUAAAGCACCUUGUCACUUAAGCACCUUCUCUCAAAUCCUCCUAUGUAUCUUCAUCAUCUUUCUUUGCCUGGUUGCUCAAUAUGGAAGGAUCGGCUAGUCGUAUCGCCACUCUUUCGGAUAUCAUAGCUAGCAACACAGCGAAGCUCGAUAAGUAUCUUCAGACUAAUAAAAUUUCUCAGCCAUCGUUGGAUGAAAAUUGCUUAGAUUCUUUGAAUCUACCCCGUGACAUCUACGAAGCUCGCGCAGCAAUUGUUGAUGCGACAUUAGAACUACGCCUAAUAUGCUUGGGCCCCAGAGAGACAUGGUAUAGCCGUCGUGUACGUCCAUUUCAAUACCAAAUACAAUUCCUGGCAGAGGUGUCUACCUGCUAGUAGUCCUAGUAAUUCAACGGCCGUGGAUCAUGCUCAGCAUUGUCAAAUGACGCAAACCCUUGAUUGAUGGACCUCUAUAGGCCUACGAACUAGCAUCGCUGUAUUUCGUCUCAUCUUUUGAUGUCCCAUCACUGGUUCCAAUCUCAGGUUCUGCCACUUUUGCGGAGAUAGCUUCGCGGUGCCAGUCUCCUGUCAGCAAGGAAAUCGUUAAGCGUCUACUUCGACAUUCCAUGACGGGAGGAGUCUUUAAGGAGCAUGAAAAUGAAGUUGUCAGUCAUACUGCAUCGUCGAGACUUAUGGUAGAGGAGUCGAACAUCAGAGACUGGGUGAAACUCGAAGCUGACGGCGUUUGAGGCAUGGCCGCAAAUGUGAGCACUUUAUUCGCUGUGUAUCCACAGACUGACGGUUCUACAGAUUGUGCCCACGUUGAAAAAAUGGCCGGAUUCAUCAGAUCCUAGACAUACAGCACAAGCCUAUUCCUGUACACUUUUAAGUUCAACUAUACUAACGGGCCUGUUCACUCGUUCAUAGGCGUU